GCUGUGCCGGGGGGUGCGGGCUGAGCUCAUCGCUGGCUCCCCGGCGCUCCUUACCAGUGGCUUCUGCGGUCACAUGGGUUAUGUGCUGGAGUUUAAAAGAGCUUAUAGCCCCCGAGCCGGUGCAGAAGCAGUCGGUGGUUGCAUGGGGUUAGCGCCGGGAGUGGCGCCGAGGAGGGCUCCGAAUUCACAGAUCUGAGCAGUGAGGGUUAGUGAAACAGCCAGAAGAAUCCUCUAGACGUUGAUGAGAAAUUUGGGACACCCUAAGGACUCUGGACCAGUGGAGAGAUGGCUAACUCUGUCCCAUCAGCCUGCUGCAUGGUGCUCGCCGUGGUGGUGGUGGUGUAUGCCCAGAGACACAGCCAGCAGGACAGCCACAUCCAGUAUGAGCGAGUAGGUGCAGACGUGACCAUGAAGUGUGGCUCCAUGGACUGGGACGCAGCUGUGACCUGGACAGUCAACGGCACCGACAUCGAUGAGUCCCACUUGAAUGGCUCCUACCUGAUCCUGAGGAACGUUGACCUGACGCAGAGUGGCCAGUACUCCUGCUAUGAGGGCUCCUCUUGGCACCUUAAAUACCAGACCUACCUGAGGGUGGGAACCCCUCCAAAGGAGCCAGUGCUGAUGUGCCGGUCCAACAACUACCCAAAAGGCUUCUACUGCAGCUGGCACCUGUCCACUCCCACCUAUAUCCCUAACUCCUUCAAUAUCUCUGUCAUACACGGCACAAGAGAGAUGGUCUGCGAGAAGGAUGUCUUUCCCAAAAACAGGUGUCACAUCCGCUACAUCCAGCUCUUCUCAACAGUGAAGUACAAGGUGACACUGACAGUCACGAAUGCUCUGGGCAAAAACUCCACCACGCUCACCUUUGACGAGUUCGCCAUAGUAAAACCAGACCCUCCAGAGAGCGUGGUGGCCAAACCUGUGCCAAAUAACCCUCGGAGGCUGGAGGUGUCAUGGCAAAACCCCUCGUCUUGGCCCGACCCCGAGUCUUUCCCUCUCAAGUUCUUCCUGCGGUAUCGGCCCCUCAUCCUGGACCAGUGGCAACAUGUUGAGCUGUCAGAUGGGACAUCACACACCAUCACAGAUGCCUAUGCAGGCAAGGAGUAUAUCAUCCAGGUGGCAGCCAAAGACAAUGACAUUGGCACAUGGAGUGACUGGAGCGUGGCUGUCCAUGCCACACCCUGGACAGAGGAACCCAAGCAUCUCACCACUGAGGCCCAGAUCACAGAGACAACAAGAGCUAGCACCUCCUCUUUCAUGCCACCACCCACCACCAAGAUCUGCGACAAGGGGGCUGUGGUGGGCAGUGGGGCCGUGGCAGUGUGUUGGACAGCUGGACUGGUCUUGGCUGCCUAUGGUGUCCUCUUUAUUUAAUCCCCAUCUGUUCAUCCGUCGCAGCCCAGCGCAGACACCUGCCCGCCACCCACCUCAUUACCCUCUCCCGGGUUGAGUCUCUUAUCUCUUCAAUUUUGCACACGUUGAGGACGUAUCACGCUUCUCACCAUCCCUUUGGAGGAGGACAGAGCUGCCGCCGUCGCCUGGGGAGCCGUGAAAUCCGAUCCCAGCCCAGAGCCCUCGAGGAGUCGCACUUGUCCCCCCCAUCCCCGUUCCCCUUUCCCCGGCAAGAUGAAGUGAGCCCGGGCACCGUGCCACAGCUGAGGACCCCGCUCAUACAGCUAACCCCCCCCCACGCCAAAGACGUGCCCGCCGCCCCGACACCUAUCCGGGUGACAGGGGGCGUAUUGGUGCACUGAGAAA